AUGCCGACCACCACACAGCUAGCAGCGGUCAGCGGCGCCAUGGCGAUAGGGUUGGGUGCUUUUGGCGCGCAUGGACUCAAGACAAAGGUCGACCCUGCUAUGAUCAAGAUUUGGGAGACAGCUUCGCAUUAUCACCUUGUGCAUUCUGUCGCGCUCUUGGGUAUUAUUCCAUACUACAGGAUUCACAUUGCUGACAUUCUGUUUACAGCCGUGUCCGUCGGACAUGGACACCUGAGCAAGAGAUCAUUGAGGCUCGCUCCUCCGCUGUUCACUGCUGGGAUGGUGUUAUUCUCAGGUUCCUUAUACUUGCUGGUUCUGACCAACAAGAAGGCUCUGGGAGCGAUAACCCCGAUAGGAGGGCUGUCGCUCAUCGCUGGUUGGCUUUCAUUGGCCUUGUAA